AUGCCGUCGCCCCCAGCGACCCUUCACGUUUUUGUCCUGUUUGUUCUCUUCCUCUUCUCGCGCGGGCCUCUUCUCGCGGCUUGCGCAGGCCUCCCGUCGACGUAUCUAACGGUGGAGCGUACCUUCCCCCUCAACUCCGGGCUAGAGAAACUCAAGGCCCACGACCAGGCGCGCCACGGCCGUCUCUUACAGGCUAUUCCCGGCGUUGUGGACUUUCCUGUCGAGGGUUCCUCCAACCCCUUCAGCGUCGGGUAAGGUCAACUUCGGCAGCUGUCCUCCGUCAAUAUUUUUGCAGAUAACCGAUGAGUUAUAUUUCCAAGUGUUUCAUAUAGCUAGGGGUCCUUCUCUUCGUUUCUUGGUGCGUCUUUCUAUGUUACCUGGGUAGUGUCUGGAUGAUUUGUUUGGCCUUGCGGAUGAGAGGCAAUCGGUUCUCCCAGCGAACUCGAUUUCUGCAUAAUUGCGAACGAUUUCUCUCCUCUAAAAUAAUUUACAACUUCUGCUUUUAAACUGAAUUGCUGGAUGUGAUUCGUUCUGCAGACUUUACUUCACUCGUGUGAAAUUAGGCAACCCUCCGAAAGAAUUCUACGUGCAGAUUGAUACUGGCAGUGACAUACUCUGGGUGACCUGCAAUCCUUGCAAUGGUUGUCCCACAUCCAGUGGCCUCAAUGUGAGUUCUUUCUCUGAUGAUGUCUUUCAGUACUUUGAGGAUUUUUACUGUUCAGAGAUGAAUUCAUUUCAAAAAAUGUCACACUUUUAUUUACCGUUUUCCUCCGUGCUUCUUGACAGAUUCAACUGGAAUCAUUUGACCCAGUUGCAUCCCCCACAUCAUCUUUGAUAUCUUGUGGUGAUCAGAUAUGUAGCUCCUUCCUCCAAACUUCUGAUGCAAUAUGUGCUUCUUCUGCAACCCAGAGGAAUCUGUGUGGUUACGCCUUUCAAUAUGGUGAUGGCAGUGGCACAUCUGGCUACUACGUGUCAGACACAAUGCACUUUGAGUCCAUUAUUUCAAAUGAACAAAUUUUUAACUCUUCUGCAAAUAUUAUUUUUGGGUAAGGCUCUGAUCAAAAUAUAGGUUUAUCUUGUGUGAGAAUAAAGCUUUCUAGUGCUUCAACUAACUAGUAAUUUAAGAAAUAUAAAAAUUCUGGUGAAUGUUUACUUGAAAUUCAUGGAAGAGUUAAUUUGAUAUUCGAAUUUGUUUUUCUCCUGAUUAUGCAUGUGAAUUUAUCUUUCCAGUGCUUUAUAUUUGAAACAGAUGUAGCAACCUUCAGUCAGGAGACUUAACCAAGCCUGACAGAGCAGUAGAUGGGAUUUUUGGAUUUGGGCAGCAUGGGCCAUCUGUCAUCUCACAGUUGUCCACCUUGGGAGUGUCUCCGAAAGUUUUCUCACAUUGCCUGAAAGGUGCAGAUAAUGGUGGAGGCAUACUGGUCCUAGGGGAAAUUGUAGAACCGGGUAUUGUCUACUCUCCCCUUGUUCAAUCCCAGUAAGUCCUCCUUUAGUUUCUCUUUUAACUAAUUGUGGAUCUGAUUAUCUUCAUAAUCAACCUAUCUGUAGCCAUUGACAAAUCUGCUCUUUAAUGGGUUUGGAAUAAUUUCAAUUCUUGUUCAACACGUCUGAAGAGGAACCUGCUAAUCUUAUGAGUUAUUAAAUAUUACCUAUUGACUCGGGAGUUUUCCUUAGAUUGUCUUCAAUGUUUAGGUUUGUAGUUUGAAUGGCAAGCUCGCAUUAUUUGUAUGCACUAAAUAGACUUUACAUGAAUGACAUGCUGUCGGUUGUAUCUGCUUACCUGUACAAUGAAGAGUCCAAUCUAACUAGAUGGUGAGAUAUCUCUUCCAUGCAGAGGAGGAGAAAUCCCUUCUCCUAUUCAAUUGCAAUAUCUCACGUGAGCAUUUGCUUCCAAUUCCCUAGUAGUUUUACAGUUGUUAAACCUCUUUGCAUGUUCAUGAUUGCUGAUAAUUCUAUGCAGGUCGCAGCCUUGAAUCCCUUUAAGGCAUGCAGUAUGAACUUUGACAUUGUUGUCUUUGAAUUUCCUGUAAUUUCUCUACGUCCCAAACUUCUAGAACUACCUGAUUCCUGCUGCUGAAUCUCCUGAAUUGUCUAAAACAGCAGUAGAUGCUCAUUCAUCUAAUUUUCUCGAGGCCCUUCUAGCAGCCACGUGAACUUUUCUAUGAAUCUUUAAACUUCAUAUAGUUUCUCUAUUUCCUGAUGUUCUGUAGGAUUAACCGUUGAGAACAUGCUCUGUCAUCUCCUUUGAUCUAUUGGUAAUCACCUCUUUUUCUAUUGUUCCGUGAACUGCAAAAUAUUUCUGAUCCUCCGGUCUCAUGGGUGCAUCUAACAGGUAAUCUCCACAUGAGCACAAAAAUCCACAUUUCACACUUUUGGUUAUCUGCCGUUUCAGCAUGUAACAAUUUCUUCAAUGCUUUGUGUAGUCACUUCUACUCUGUUACCUUCAUGGUUGACAUUAGUCUCUUUGUCUGUAUCUGAGGUCAAUUCUUCCUCCAAACAGUGAAAUAGACUACGAUUAUAGUCACCAGAUUCUUCCGCCAUCAGUUCUUACCUUCAUGGUUACCAUAUAUUAUGAUUACAGUGGCCUUGUGCCAAAUUAAACCUUUUUUCUGAUGUUUUCAUGCCUUCCUGCUUUAUACGAAAUGAACUGUAUGAGGCUAUCGCCAAUGGAAAUCUUGUUAUCCUUGCAGUUGUACUUCGAAUCUCAACAAGAAAUCAACUUUUAGUUUUCCACAUUUUCUGUUAAACAGUGUAGUACUGUGAUACCAGUGCACAUGAUUUUAAUAUUCAAAUACUUGUUAAAGCGUAAUGGCUCCAACUAUCUGUCUUUGCUGUAAACUAGAAUUCCUUGUUAGCCAGGAAAUCAUUGAGGAGUCUAUGCUUUACUUUUCUGUAUCAUUAAUCAAUUGCCCUCAGUGCCAUGACCUUUUGCCUAAGCCGGUAAUAAGUUUUAUCCUACAAUUGAAUUCCCUGAAAUGCCUCCUUGGAUUGACAUCAGGUUUGAUGGCCUUUUUUAUUCACAUAUUUGUAACGUUUAGUAAAGGUAUUGACUAAAACUUUGGGUUUCUCGAUAGAUACUGAGUAAAUAUCUAAAAAUGUGUUUAUCUUCAAAAAUGGCCUCAGUUGGUAGACAGCCGGUCACUUAAUUUCUUAGAUACUUGGAUGAUCCCAAAAUGUUGGGACUUCGGGAUGAUGAUUGUGAUUCAUUGACUUCGAGAAAUUGUAUUUUUAGGAUAAAUGGUUGGCUAAUGAUCGAUUAGUUGAUUUUUGAACUGUCCAUAAUUUUCAAGAAGAGGGCCUAAUUGUUUAUACCUCAUGUACGUAAUGAAAUGUCUUCAUCCUACUGUCUAGUUAUGCCUUCAGCGGAAUACAUAUUGUGUGAUGGCAAUUGAUUGCUUAUGUGUGUUCAGCCGAACACAGGUUCUUUAAAAUUUGUUGACUCAAUUGUGUGGCCAGAAAGAUUUGUCAAUAUGGUGAUCACUCAGCUGAAGCGUAUUGCUAUAGCAAUUGGGCAAUCAAAUAGCAAACUGUGGCAUGAGCAUGAAUGCGACUGCACAACUUUCUGUUUAUUCUAAUGAUGCCUAGCUUGUAUACAUAAUAUAUGUCCUUAUUUUAAUUAAUUUUCUCAUCAAAGUAUGCUCUAUUUUCUUUCUACGAUGCUCUAUUUUAAUAGUAUUAAAAUAAAAUAAGUCAUAUUCUGAUUUAUUUUUCCAUGUUCAGUAAUGUAGUAUGGGUGCUAUUUUUUGAAUAUUAGAAACUAUAUAUUUUUUAUAAUUAUGUUACUAUAUAUCUAAAUAUUCUUCAAUAAUGGUUUAAAUGAGUAUUUGACUUAUCUUUACAUAAUGCGGUGAGAAUCGUGUGUCACUCAUGGAGAUUAUUUAUUCUGGACAUUUAUUUUGAUCCUUGUGUCACUUUAAAUGGCUGCUUGUUGUCUACUCAUCUGAAGCGCUACUAUGACCUUUAAGGAUGACUUUGAUAGUUGGCCUGCUGGAUUAAUUAUUUGAUUGGUUUCGAGUAUUCAUUGUAUAAUCUUGUGCCUAUUCUCUUUAAUGUGGGUCUAUGUCAGUUUGCACGGACAGAAGCAUCUUCCAUACUUAUUGAUCAAAGGGGAAAUGUCUAGUGUCUUAUUUUAUCGCAUUGUUGACUCUGCUGCAAGUAAUGAAGGCCAUAAUAUUUUGGGCACUAUAUAUUUAUGUCUAGCACGUAUACCUAAUUGUUCUAUUCUUUUGUUAGCUUAAAAAUUUCUAAAAUAUAACGUAAAAGCCAUUGAGGUUCUUGUGAAGUUUAAUGCUGAUUUCAAAACACAAAAUUUCAGGCCUCAUUACAAUCUAAAUCUGCGAAGCAUUGCUGUUAAUGGUCAGAUACUGCCUAUUGAUUCAUCAGUGUUUUCUACAUCAAAUACCCAAGGAACAAUUAUAGAUUCAGGAACAACGUUGGCUUAUUUAGCAGAAGAAGCAUAUGAUCCUUUUGUCAAUGCUGUAAGUAUCUUCAGUUUUUUUCUUGUUAAAUUAAUAUUUAUGUGCGUCAUCAUAAGGGUAGCCACAGGAUAUUUGAAUUCGAGAACUGUAUUUGUGUGAAUACAUCACCUCUUUCUUAUUUUUUCUCUAAUGGCUUAUGAAAAUUGUUGAACACGAUUCAAAUUUCAACCAGUCACGUGAUCACAGUUUCCCUUUUCUUUAUAGAUAUUUGCAUUGAAUCUGUGGACAUUUUUUUGUCAGUUUGCUAUGAUGAUGCAUUUAGCACUAAAUUUUAUGAUCUGCUUUACAGAUAACAGCUUCUGUUCUGCAAGUUGUGCAGCCACGUGUUAUCAGAGGAAACCAGUGUUUUGUGACACUUAGCCGGUUGGUUCCAGUUUUCUGACCCAGUAUUUCAGACAAAAUAUCUUAGUGGCUAAUUGAUUUACUUCUUGAGAUUCUCUUUUGUUAUAUAGCUGUUUUAAUCUUCUUUAACUUUCAUGUUCUUUUUCAGGGUUGGUGAGAUUUUUCCUUUUGUUACUCUAAUUUUUGAAGGAAACGCGCAGAUGGUAUUAAAACCUGAAGACUAUCUACUGCAGCAAGGAUCUGUGGUGAGCUGGUCUUUGUUAUUUGGAAAUUUGGUUGUAGAAGCAAUGAUCACGAUUAUUUCGCUGUGAAUACGUUAAUUAGCUGUCUUUAAUUCCUUUGUUUUUUUUACAGGGAGAUGCUGUAAUUUGGUGCAUUGGCUGGCAAAAGAGCCAGGGUCAAGGCGUUACAAUUUUAGGAGGUUUGUGCAUAAUAUUUAUUGUAUAAUGCAAUUGGAUCAUUUAGCUGUGUACCAGAAAUCUGUUCGUCGUUUUUUCUUUGUGUUGCCUUAUUUUUACUGGACGUGUUGGUUGGCAGCAUCUUCUGGAUAAUUUAUCUGAUUUCAGUGACAUUAACCUGCACGGGCUGUUGGGGAACCUAAAACAAUCUGUGAUUAGCUUUAUACUAUAUUUCUGCAGUGUCGUUUAUGGAAAAUAAUGGGGACUAAGUCUAUCUGUCGACUGACUCCUGUAUAAAAAGUAUGCCUUGUUUUAACAUCCUUUGUGCUUUUAAUAAAUUAAUUGGCAGAGUUCCUAUGCACUAUUUGUGUUUCAUAAAUCGAUAUUCUGUUUUUAUUUAUUAUUUUUGAACAUUUCUGGAUACGAAAAUCAGUUUUCAUUGAUAAAAAAAAUUGAAGUAUUGAAGGAGCAUGCCUGGCUGUAUGUAUUCACGAAGUAGGAGACAGUUAUUUUACUUUGUGAGUACAGUGGAACAGAAAAGGUUACAGAUGACGGGCCAGUCAGAAUGAAUAGUCUGUCGAGCCCAUGAGAAACACCCCAUUCUCAUCCACUGAUUGACCGAAGGACAUCAAAGGGGCAGUCAUGCUCUGUCUUCAUGUGCAUAACCUAUUUGUUGUCUGAUGUCCAUAAAGGCCCCAUUAUAAUGAUUCAAUGGGUAGGUGGAAGAAAAGAACCACCAGCCUGUCAUCCAAUGCCAGCUAAAGCUGUUGAAGGGCCGCAGGUUGAAACGCUCAGGAAGAUAAAAGGUUGUUCACCUUCUCAAAAUUCCACCGAAUCAUUUUGGGAAGGUGCAGUUCAGUUGAUCUGCAAGUCUAGCCAAUAAUUGGAAGAAAAAUGAUUCCAAGAUAAAAUUGCAAGUGGUAUGACAAUAUCAUCAAAGGCCAUCUUUGUCUUUUUAACAGUCUUAGGACCUUUAAAAGGAGUAUGAUCCUAUCCUAGGGGAGAGAACCGAGAAUAAAGAAGACUCCAUAGUUACCUUGAGAAGGUUUUGUUUGUGCCCUGCUUAAGGGAAAGGAGUGAAAAGAGGUUAGGCUAAGCACCUUAAGAAGACCAAUUGUACCCUAUUUCAAAAGCCCAUACUUGGGCAUAUCUCAAGAAGCUAAAGCCCGUUCCACGAACUCCAUAUAGGAUGGACUAUAAAGGUUAACCUAUUUCAAAAGCCCAAGCCCUGACCUUCAGCAGCUUGGACCCACAUAAGUUGGCUUUAUGUAGAUCCUGUCUUUACUGACCAAGCCCAAUAGAAAUAGGCCCAGGAAAUCUUAUGUGGACCUUGUGCCUAUUGACCUUAUCUGGUAAAUGUUCAAAUGAUCUCUUUCACUUAGACUAGUCGAAUGGACUCCAUCUCGUAGACAUGUCAAAUGGAAUUUAUCGCUUGGGGUCUCAAAUGUAUAUAAUCGUUUGAUUAUGUCUCAUAGACUCUUUUUGGAUUUAUGUUAAGAAAUUGCCAAAUUGGCUCUUAUUCUGUAGAUUUUUAAAGGGGUUUCUUCCUAGAAGCUUGUUUAAUAUAUCUUAUUUCACAAAUAUGUCCAAAUGUGCUUCAUCUCAUAAUUGAUCAAACAUAAUGUAUCUCAUGGACAUCCGAUUGGGCCUUAUCCAUUAUCCAGUAGGCUCCAUCCGGGGAUAUUGUCACAUGAGAUUUGUUCUGUAUAACUUCCAAAUGGGCUUCAUACCAUGAUCUUAUUUCAUCCACAUUAUUGCAUGAAAUAAACUUAUUUAGUGGUGACACUAUUUUGGAACAGUUGAUCUCCAGUGUUCCUUCAUCAGGAAGUUAUAAUUUAACAAAACGUAUGAAUCCCAUGAAUAGGUCGAAUAAGAAGAAUGUAUCUCAACUCUGCUAAAAAGAAAAAGGAUGACAAGUUCUAUGAACAGAUCUAGAGUUGAAACAUGCAAAAAGAAGUCAUGCUGCUUACUGCUUGUGCCGGGCUCUGAUUUGGAUGCUUACCUGUCUAUCAGAAUAUGAGGCACUGUGUUCAAUGGGAAAGGAGUUUAACAUUGCCGGCAAUUUUAUUGCACGACCAUGCAAUAUUUUCAUUACAUUUUUAUUCUAUUUCAGUAAAAUUGCUUAUGGGUUCACGUUAUCAACUUGUAAUUUUAUUGUAGUGCCUUUAUAUGUUUCACAGAUGUGAAUACACCAGGUUUGACAAUUGAUGCUGGUGUGGAGUGUUGAUGUUACUGGAUCCAAAUGGUCCCUUAUCUAAAUCUUAGCUGCAAAUAGAUUGAUUUUUCUCUGUAUGAUGCAUAGUCUCUUGCCAAUUUUAUUUUCUAGCAAAACCCACAUCAGAUUGGAUUUUUCAUUUUUCUGGGUAAUAAUGUCCGCUAGAUUAUGCCAUAAAGUUAGUUUUUUUUAUAAAUCAUUUUUUCAAUGCAGAUAUUGUUCUUAAAGAUAAGAUAUUUGUUUACGAUCUUGUGAGGCAGCGCCUUGGAUGGACUAACUAUGACUGUAAGUCUAGUAUUGAUGAUACUGUUUUUCUCUUGUCAAGUAAGAAUAUUGAGUUUUUUUUCCCUGUAAACAUUUUUUUUCUGCAGGCUCUCUUCCUGUUAAUGUCUCUUCAUCAUCUAGCAAGAAUGAUGUUAUUAAUGCUGGGCAGCUGAGUAUGAGUGGUUGCUCUUCCUUAAGGGCGUUCUUUAAUAUCAUGACAGUGGGCUGUGCUCUUGUAUUUUACAUAUGGUCUUGUAACAAACAUGAUAUAUAA